AUGGCAGAAAAUCGUCUGAUUUUCUUUACAUAUAUUUCUCUUCUUUUUCUUGUUAUACUAUCGUCAUGUACUGCAUAUGGACUGUUUAAAGAUUCAGCAGCGGAUCCAGUACGUCCAAUUAAGUAUCAUACAUUAAUUGAUCCUAGUCGAUAUGCAGAUCGAACGAAAGAAUAUCAUGAUACAUUGGCAAAAUUACGACUUUGGCGUCGAUACCUUGAUAUAUUUGAUCAAGAUAAUAAUGCAUCACAAGGUUAA